GCUCAGUGCACUUCCUUGCUUUAAUCAGCAAGCAAGCAAACUUUCUGAAAGGGACCCAAGGAUUUCAGCAAUUUACGUGGAUGUUCCUCUAGCAGACUGCAACGUUUUGGGGAAAAUAGCAAAAUCCUUUCUUUUCUGCAUUUUGUUUUCGAAAAGCUGCACCGCCAGUUUUUUUUUUGUUUGCGCGCGUUUGGAGGUGCCCAGAUCUGUCCAACGAUAGACUUUGACGGAGCUGCAGUGAUACUGAAAGUGAUCGUCGCCUCUUGGGGUUGGCUCAGCGCGUGGACUUAGAUGUGAAGACUUCACGAUAUGAUCACUGCGAGUUACAUGAAGGGAAAUGGUGUUCAGCCGCUUUGAAGUUGAAGAACUCUUGGCUUGAAGAGGUCGGCUGCAGAAAGCCUUGGCACCGAACGCGGAUAUCCACAUACUUCCGAGUGAUCUAUGAGCAGCAGGAAUGGACUAUUCAGUAUCUCAAUAAAUUAGGAAGGAAGCAAAUUCAGGGUAUUGGAACUGAAAGGACAUUUCGAUAGGCGAUCUGAUCACGCCUGUGUUGACUGGCUCAAACGCAAAGUUGUUCGUAGGAGUUGAGUUUGUUUUUUUAAAAGUUUGAGAGAAAAGACUUCCUGCAAAUUAAGACAAAGCCUAAGGGUUACUUAGCCGCAGCCACCGUUUGAAGCGGUUGACCGCCGUUGUCUGAAACCUCCUUGUUGCUAUCCUCUAACCCGAGUGUUGUGAUGCGUAUUCCCGUAGAUCCCAGCACCAGCAGGCGCUUCACUCCUCCCUCCACAACGCUGACGUCCAGCUCGGGGAAGAUGAGCGAACCGGUGUCACUGACUCAGCCCAAUCCGGCAGGGUUGUCCCGAAUCCGGCCUGAGACCCGCACGGUGGUCGAUGUCCUGCAGGACCACGCUGGCGAAUUAGUCCGGACUGACAGCCCCAACUUCCUCUGCUCGGUGCUGCCUUCACACUGGAGGUGCAACAAGACACUGCCUGUGGCAUUUAAGGUCGUGGCUCUUGGAGAUGUUCCGGAUGGAACCCUUGUCACUGUAAUGGCUGGGAACGACGAAAAUUAUUCAGCAGAACUCCGGAACGCUUCGGCUGUGAUGAAGAACACGGUAGCCCGAUUUAACGACCUCAGAUUUGUGGGAAGAAGCGGACGAGGUAAAAGCUUCACGCUGACAAUCACUGUAUUCACCAGUCCUCCUCAAGUUGCCACCUACCACAGAGCCAUUAAAGUCACUGUGGACGGACCCAGAGAGCCACGCAGGCACAGGCAAAAGCUUGAAGACCAGGCAAAACCUAACACCAUUUUCUCAGACCGCUUGAGCGAGUUGGAACGGUACCGGCAGACAGCAAUGAGGGUUGGUCCAUCAACUCCAAGCCCCCGACCGCUGAGUGUACCUACCCACUUCAGUCCUCCAACCCAAACACAGAUUCAGGGCACCUCUGACAUCAGCCCGUUCACAGAUCCUCGUCAGUUUGAGCGCCAGUUUCCUGGAUUGUCUUCACUUACAGAAUCCCGUUUCUCAGAUCCCCGCAUGCACUAUCCCGGCGCUAUGUCUGCUGCUGCCUUCACCUACUCCUCCACUCCAUCCACAGGGGGCAUUGGUGGCAUCAGCAUGACAGGCAUGGCAGCCACAGCUCGGUACCAUACCUACUUGCCACCACCUUAUCCUGGAUCAGCCCAGAACCAAAGUGGACCCUUUCAGACCAGUGCCUCACCAUAUCAUCUCUACUAUGGCACCUCUGCUGGAUCAUACCAAUUCUCCAUGGUCGCUGGAGGAGAACGCUCACCUACUAGAAUGUUGCCUUCCUGCACCAGUGUAUCUACUGGAAGCACACUCAUGAAUCCCAAUUUGGCCAAUCAGAAUGAUGUUGUGGAUGCCGACGGCAGUCAAAGCAAUUCUCCGACAGCAAUGACAACCACAGGACGGAUGGACGAAUCGGUCUGGAGGCCUUAUUAGACAACCAAAGAUGUAUGAGCAGCAGUAAUUGCUCAGAAGUCCAUAAUAUCUUCUCUCUAUGCACUAUAAUGAAUUCUAGCUGUAAUAGAGAGAAUAGUGGAAAGAAAAUAUCCAAAAUGUCUGUGUAUUGAGUAUGAUUUUUGGCUACAGGCACCUAUUGUAUAUACCUUCACUUAAGAGAUGAGCCAUCGUGGAAAACCUUACAGUGGCCUAAUGGCCAACAAAUCAAAAUGAUUUCCAACCAAAGAUGAUUACCAUCAUAUUUCACAAGCAACAGGUGGGUUGGUGUAGGUUGGUUAUAAUUAAUGUUUUGGCCUCUUACAAUGAUCAUUAGUUGGUCGUUUGUGGUUAUAUAGUUGGCAAUGGCUGUAUGGAUACUGGAUUAUUUUCUGCUAUGGUGUGACCAUAGUACUUCCGCACUUGUGUUUUUUUAAAACUUUAUCAAAGGGAUAGUACAUGGACAGAAUUUCUGCAACUAUCAAAAUUAAGGUCGGCCUCAUUCAGUAGACAAAGGUGUAAGGAUUAGAAAAUCUUGUAGUCUGCAGAUUACUUGUCUAUUUCACCAGAGGUUUAAACAAGCCAUGUUAAAUUUUUCAUAAACACCAAUAACAGAAAAUAAGGGCCACAAGACAUUGUCUGAUGACUGUUGAGUAAAUGUUGGAAAAUUGCAUUUUGAUGUUAUUCUUUUUUUCCCAAAUGAGACAGUGGUGCAAGAGCCAGCUGAUUUAUCAAAGCAUUAGAUAUUCAUACUCUGAAAUCAUUCAGGUAAUUCUGUCUGCAGUCUCGUCAUGAUUAACAAGGACCAAAUCAAUAUCUUAGACUUCUACUUAAGGACACACUUGGAAAUGUUUCUGAAAUCCCAAUUGUUUUACUCUAUUACUGCACAAAAUAUCUUGGAAUAAUAAUUCAGCAUACUUAAAGAUAAAUUCUUGCAUCCCUUGGUGGGUAAGACUGCAGUCAGAACUGGAGAUUUCAGUUUCACCAAACUCCUUAGUGCCAAGAUGCAUAAGUUGAUUUAGGACACUGUCUAUUUAGCUGAAAUACUGCACAAGGUACUUGCAGGUACAUUUAUUUUAAUGUUUGAGUUAAUCUCCUCCAAUGAGCUGCAAAUGUCUUGAUGUCCAUACUACGUCUAUAAAAAUCAGAAUAUUUCUUCAUGUUUACCACUCAAUCAACAAAAACUCGGUACGUGGUCAGAUGGAACAGUUUCCAAUUAUUUUGCUCACUGUGGACUGCAACAUAAAAUGCACUGAGACACAGUGCUACUGAUCAGCCAGUGACAUUCUUUAAAUGCUUGGUGGAUUUGUGAUAAGUAUGUGUUCUUAUAGAUAUAGCUGGAUGACAAUUCAAUGGCACAUUAGUAGAGACUGCCUCUGCCCUUCCUAUAUGAGCCCUUGCAUGGCUGAUAUGCAUGUGUAGUAUUUAUUCUAAAAGCAAUGCUUAAUUGAAGCUUUCAGUUGGUCAUCCAUACUUUACAUUUGAUAGCCUGUGAGUUGCUGCACUUAUCUAAUAAACCAUAAAUUGACCAAAAUGCAACUACUUUUUCAAAUAAUGGCAUAGCUUUGUGGCAAUUUUAUUAGAAUUUUAACUGUUUACUUUAAAGUGUGGGAUGAUGAAUUACUAUUCACUUAAGUAACAGCAAUACUUCUGAUUAAGAUGAUUGGAAAAUGGGUACAUUGCUGUCUUGGUUAUCCAAAAUUAUCCUUAUUGAGCAGACUAGUAAAUGACCAAUAUAUAAACUAAAGAAAUCUUGAAAGUUAUUUUUAAAUUUUCUUUUUCAUUGUUUGUUUUAUCCUAGUUAUGUCCUAUCUUCUUCCAUGUUUCAAAGGGUAUUCUACCAUCCUCAUUUUGCACUCAGUUUAUAAUAUGGUAACAUAACCAAAUUCCCUCACAAGCCAAUGAUCCUCUUUCUGCACCAUUCCCAUGUCCCAGGAAGAAAUAUCUGGUUCCUUCAUCCUCAGGAGAAUUUUUUUCAGGACUAUGAAGCAGUGUAUGUACUUGUAUUUGUGAAAAUAGGGGAUUAAAGGUGGGUAUUGUUAAAUUACUAACUUGAUGUGCAGUGGCUACCCAAAAUUCCCCUGUGAAAUACUCACGCAUAUAUUAUUUAAUUGGAAAUUACUUGUAACCAUUGGCAGUCUACAAAAUGUAAUUCUUUUAACUUUGGUGUACCCCUAAGUCCUUUGCCAUCAGUAGGCUACCUGUAGGUCUGUUCCACCAGGAUUAUAUGGAUAAUUCAUUUGCAAAAUUGGAAGGUUUGUGGCGCCUCUAUUUUGAAAUCAUCCAGUCACAGUAAGGAAGUUAGAAUUCAACAAAAACUUAAAACAUAACAUCUUGAUUUCAACUUUAUGAUCUAUUUGUUUUACAGUGAGGCUUGUACACUAACUAUGAAUUAAAUUUUCUUUAUGAAUGUCCAACUUAAAAUCCAAGCUGAUUAAAUAAAUAUUUCUAUAUCUUUGUAAACAGUUUUGAAGGUUAAUUAUGAUUUGCCAAACCAUUUUUCAAUCUCAGCUCAAGUUCUUAGAAAGAGACAAUUGUGUUUUUUUAAAAUCUUCAGAGAGCUUUGAUUUAAUGUUACUAAGUAUAAAACAUACAACUUUCCUGAUGGCAUUAUUUCCCAGGACAGUCAAAGAUUAUGUCUUAGCAACUCAAUAAAAUACAGUUCACAUUGAGCAUUCAGGUAGGACACAGAUGCCACUACAAAGUCUUUCUGCGUGCUAUGGAUGUUGCUGCUUUAUGUCAAAACAGCCUAGGCUGGGAUACUCGGUCAAAUUUCAAGAAAGAGGAAGAUUGUCACUUAAGUGUCCUCACUUGAGUGCAUAAUGCUAGGUAUCCCAUCGACAGGUCUAGACUGGGACUAUCUUUCCUGAAAGGAACAUUUUAAUCAUAUGUAAAUGAUUCUGAUAUCCAAGAUGUUAUUUUAAGUAAGAUGUUCACCCACAGUUUCUCUUUGGUUGACAUAAAGCAAUGCAUUUAACCAGUGGCUUGUAUUACACACCUUUGGUAUAAAUAUAUUUAUUUUCCAAAAGAGAUACAAAAUAUAAUCUUGUUGAUCACAGUCUCGUAGCUUCAAUAUGGCCUUAGAAGGCCUGUGUCUUUAAAAAAAAGUGUCAGCUUCACUUUUUUCCAGCUUAUCUCUUCUGAGUGUUAAAUCUCCUUUGUAAUUUAUUUAUUAAGAGUGGGAGCUGGAAGCUGUCCACAUACAAACGUUUAUAUUUCUGUACAAAUGUAUCUGGAUUAAGCAGUAGCACUUAUACAAGGGUGUCAGGUUACACGCUUUUUAAGUUUGUUUCAGUGCAAAAUUCCAUCCUAUUUAAUAAUUGAAUAUAUUUGUUUUUCAAAAGAUUAAUUAUCUGCCAAGCUGGGCUUUUUAAAAGAUUGGAAUAUUAUUUCUUUUUCUUGUUUGAGAAAUGACAAUUCUAUUGUAAACUGUGAGUUUGGGCUGCAGGCAGCAUCCUGGAAAGCAAAAUACAAUCCCAAUUUGUUCAGAUGCAUCAGAUGUAUCAACUUCAUCCUCACAAGGGCUUUCCAGUUAGCACAAUACAGCAAGUCACAGUGGAGGCAUGGGACAGGAAAUCACUUAUUUUGCCACAGCCAACAAACAACUGAGCCAAAAUGAAACCUGGUAGCCAAAGACAUGGCACUUUAACAAUCAGAAGCAAAUAUAAAGCAAGGACUCUUUUGGCCACUUUCUGUUAUCCUUACUUGGUGACCAGUACUUAUUGGUUGCUAUAUGCUGCACAGUUUCACCCUCUUCCUCCUCCCACCACUGUGACUGAAUGUCUAAUUUAAUCAGCCACAGAUCCACAGAAUUAUUUGGAUGAGAAGCCACAAGACAGGUGUUCAGAUAGUGCCAAAGGUCUUUUGUACUUGACACCUCUGCUGACCAUUACAGUCGCAAAGGGGGUGGGGCUGAGAUUGGGGUGGGGUUGAAAUUUUCUUCAGUGGCCAAAUUCCACCUGAACAAGAUGGACAAUCUCACAGGACCCAGCACCAAAACUAAGCCGGUAAAGCAGCAUCAAUUCUACAUCCAAUGGAAAAUGUCAUGCACAUUACCAUUUUUGGACCCCAGUUUGAGGUUUUACCUGAUUUUGAUACCCUGAAUAUUUGCUUAGAAUUUGCUAUUACCUUGAGCCAACAGCUGAGGUUUCACCCAAAACAUCCAUAUGGGUUGGCUUGUUUCUUAGGCCUGGGUUUCAUGAACAGCCCUACCGAGUAUCAGAUCAAUGAAGCGCAUUUAUAGGUAUCUUGUUUUCUAGGGGAGGAGAAGUAAUAAUGUGUAAUUCUGAGAUUUUUAUGUAAGAAAUCUGUAUUCCUGGCCUAUGCUUUCAUGCUGAAGAUAACAGCCUAAAAGAUUAAAAGUAAUUGGGGAGAAUUCAAUUUUGUAAGAUAAACAUUUUCCAUGCAUAAAUGUACAUGAUAUAAACAUAGUAAAAUAAUGAAUGCUUGCCAUAUAUUUACCAUAUGCAUCUAAACUACUGCCUAUUUUGUUUUAAAAUAUACUUUCUCAAGCCAUUUCUGUCACUGCUGUAUGCUUUGGCUGUGUCAAAUAGUUGCUUCUAACAUUAACAAAUUAAUAAGAAUUCUGCCUUUAAAACCGCUUUUGAUGGUUUGAUAUUGUAAAAUAACAAAAUAUUGUUAAAAUGGAAUUACUGUACUUCAAACUCCUGUGCAACAUAGAUUAUAUUCUAUUGUCGAGAUGUUUUUCAUUUUGUGCUCUUGAUUAAUCACUGGAGUUAAGUCUUGUGCUUCAAUAAAAAUGGCCUU